GUUCCCUGUACGACACUCGAAUGUCGGUGCUGCGUGGAGCUCAAACUUCGUGUUCGUCGUGCUCGCCGAACCAGUGCAUCGACCAGCGUCCUCUCUCAACGCCAUCAAAUCGGGCGCUCCGAGUUUAUUACAACCGACCAAGCCGCGGCACGAACGAUCGGGCUGUGGGCAUCCACUUCAGACGAGAAUGGUCGAGCGUAUUUUGGGAGGGACAUCGAUUGCGACUUGAAGGCAAGUUGCCGCGAUGUCGUAGCGUCGGUGCGUCUUUGGGACAAGCACGAUUAUGCCGACGCAUUAUGGAUCAAACCGAGUGGGAACGUCGCGUCCGAGGCGUUUUGAAGCCGUAUGGAGCAGGUGCUUCGUCACGGAUACGUCUGGUUGGAGCCGACAUGCCGUGCUAGCGAUUGGAUGUGCCACUCGCGUCAACUGUUUACACUGGCAUUCAUUGCGAUUCGAGUGAUCGAGCGCCUCAUGGAAGCCUUCCACCGUCACCGCCUUCCACAGCGGAUGGAGGUCCCGACACCACGCGACAACCCGCUGGAUGAAGCCGGCCCGUUGGCCGCAGCUUGCCACGCCUUGCAACGUAUAUGUACGUCCACAGCCGCCGACGACCUCCACAAUCUGCUUGCUCGCAUCGCAGCCACUUGUGUGCAACGAGUGCUGAAUCGCCAGUACGUGUCGCAGUCCGGCACUGCAUGGCGACGUUGUGCGAGGACGCCAUCGCGCUGCACGACGCAGUGUAUGCCGUAGCAACCUUGUUCACGUCAACGCUGGCCUCGUGCCGCACGGUAGUUGACUGGGCGGGACGGGAAAUGGAAAAGGCGCUCCUCGCGGCACCGCCUUCGACAGCGGGCGAGACUUGUCCCUUGGCGCAAGACACCGCACAAUCCUUCAAGGCGAUCGCACGGAGAAACAAGGCGGCGAAGAGGAAGAAGAAGCGUGCCAUUGCGAACGAAUACAACGUACCCUCGUCACAGUGUCAUGCGUGGUCCACAGAGCGCAACGACCACCACAGGGGUGGCUCCAUCCUCGACGCCACCCCCGACAGAGAGCAGCAAUGCGUCCACACCUUUCACGGCCAUAGAGGACUCCUCUGGCAUGCAACCACCAGGCAACUUUGAAACACCAUCGAUGAUGCCGUCCGCGCUGAACACGGAUGCUGCUCCAUACACAUACCGCCACUCGGCAGAGCUGCUGUCUCUACGGUAUCCCAAUGACGGCAGUGUAUUGCCCAUUACCGUCCACCAUGACAUCGUCGACAUGGCGAGCUCCUUGCACGACAUUGCGGCGCGGCGCCGUCCAUGGCAGCUAUGUGUGCUGUCGCACGUUACGUAGCGUAAGAAUAGUUUACAGUCCAACGCACUACCUCACUCGCUGUGCCUUUAGGCGAGCACGUUGUCGGUGACCCGGCGAUUCCGCUGGUGAAAGUCACAACUGGCACUGUCCCCACCACAUCCGACGGCAACGACCGCGGCGUGCGACUCCUCGGUGCCGGCGCCAUCCAUGUCGACAUUUCCUUCGACCUGCCCUCCCAUCGGGGAAGGGAAACGUCUGUGUUUGUCGAGCGGCUCGUGCGAAACAGUGCCGAGAUCACGCCGCUCGUCCUGGUCCUCAAGCAAUUCCUCCGUCACCACAACGUCCGCGAUGGUUUACUCGGGGGGCCUGUCACCGUACUCCCUCACGCUCUUGGUGGCGGCGGUGGUCCACGACGUCCAGAAGCACCGGCCCUGGCACGAGACCAACAACCAGCCCAACCUUGUCGUUUUCCUCAUGACUUUUUGCACGUGACUCAUCCUGGGCGCGUCCGGUAGCGGAUUUCUUGCACACAAGGGCAGUCGGUGGAAUGACAUGGGGUUAGUCGUUCAAGACCCGUUGCGGCCCGACGUGAACGCAGCCAAAUCAUGCUUUGCAUUCGCGCGCGUCCAAGCGGCGUUCCAGUGUGGUUUCCGUCGAACACUCAACGCAAUCGAAUCCGAUGGUUUGUCGACGUGGCGCCACCAGAUUUUGCUCGAAUGCUUGUUUGAGACCACACAUCAUGACGUCGUGGUGAGCAUGUUGCAGCUCGACUAGUGUCCCACCAGCGAGUUCCUGGACGACGAACGCACCAGUAUCGAGUACGCUCGACAAGUGUGGGCUGCGGACGCCAUGGCGCUGCUGCUGCAUCUUGGAGAAGCUGUGUGCGUCAUGUGCGGUGGGAGUUGUGGUGUCCACGUGCCUCGCUGCAAGCUCCGCAAUCUGCUUGCGCGAUUCCAGGAAUUGCCGCGACGCACCUAUCAACAGCUCAACUUUGCAUAGAAUUGGGGGUUUGUGAUAUUUUGGCCAACUUAUUCAUUUGAAUAACAUAUGCGACAAGAUUUAGUGAAA